CGGUUGAUCGAUCAUCUCUUGCAUCGAUCUUAAUUUCUCUCUUCAUCUUCUCGCUCUCGAUCUCCUACAGAAGCUAUAGUAGCCAGCAAAUCAAUCGAUCGAUCCGUACAAUGGCGGCCAUGAAGAUGAACAAGAUUGCCGUGGCGGCGCUGUUCCUCGUCGCCGUGGUGGUGGCGGGCGGCGCCGGCGCUAGCGCCCACGUCGGGGUUGGGGUUGGGGCUGGGGCCGGCGCCGACGCCGCCCUCGGGGUUGGCGCCAACGCCGCCGGCGCCGCCGGGGCUGGAGUUGGGGCUGGAAUUGGAGCCGCCGCCAACGUCGCCGGGUCUCUCACCGGCGCCGCCGGCGUGGCACCCAAGGUGCAUGUGUGAGAUCGAUCGAUCCAUCGAUCGAUCGAGCGCGCGGCGGCGUCAUCUCCACUACUCCAUCCGCCCGUAGCAGCGCCGGCCAUCGAUCCACGACCAUUCGCCGUCCAUUGUUUUUGUUGUUAAUAAUCAAAGUUUGGUUAAUUUAACCGUCAAGUGUUUGGUUGUUUAUUUUAUACUCCAUCCGUACUGAUAAAAAAAUCAUUUAGAAGAAUGUUUAAUUCAAACCUUA